CCGCUCUUCCUGAAGCGCGGGAGUCUUAGUUUGUGGUGUCUUCACUUAGGCAGUGGUGGCCGCACUGUCUUUCGACGCUCGUUUUUUCAGAGUCCUUUCGGCCAUUUGAGACGAAAUGGCUCCAGGCUAGAAAGCAGCGGGCGGUGGCAAUGGAGGGGACCUCACCACAUCAGGCUGAGGGUAGGGAGGGGUAUUGAGGGCCCUCACAGUCGCUUGAGCCGGCCUUUUCUUCCUCUGAAGUCACUGUAACUACCGUGAGGAUGAGCUCUGCCUGGAGCGCUUCUUUUGAGAGGCAGCAUCUCUGGAUGUAUCUGCUGGCGCUUGGAUUCGAACCGGGCCCGGCUACCAUCGCCUGCGGAAAGAUCGAGUCGCACACACACCUCGGAGUGCGGUUGAGCGGUUACUAUGUGCCAGGCACUGGCUACCAAGCCCCCGCUUCCGAUUUCUGCAGGCUGGUGGCAGAGACUGACAGUGCUGAAUGUGGAAAUAGCUUUCCUCAAGUUGUUGGUUCACUGUUUCUGUCUCCUGGUGGUCCUAAGUUUAUUCAUCUGAUGUAUCAUUUUGCAAGAUUUGUUGCAUUAAAAUAUAUUAAAACSAAUUCUAAAAAUUCUUCUCUACAUUUUACAGAAACAUUUAAUGUAAAGCCACAAGAUAUGCACAAGUGCAUGGCCAGAUGGCAUAUUUCACGUAACAGAUUUUUACAAAUUUUGCAAAGAGAAGAUUAUGUUACCCAACAAUAUCAGGAAAAUGCACAAUUAUCAGUUAAGCAAGUACGAAAUUUGAGAUCAGAAUGUAUAGAACUGCAAAACCAAAUAAAAAAAAUGGAACCCUGUGAGGAUGAAAGUAACAUACAAGAGAAAAUUCAAAAGGUUCGGUCUUUGUGGACUUCAGUCAAUGAAACACUCACGUUUUUGGAAAAAGAGAGAGAAGUUGUUAGUUCAGUCCUUAGUCUUGUUAACCAGUAUGCUUUAGAUGGAACUAAUGUCAUUAUUAAUAUUCCAAGGCUCUUACUUGACAAAAUAGAGAAACAAGUGUGUCAGAUGCAUAUGGGAAGUGUUUAUGAGGCUGGAAAAUUGAAUCUCUUAACAGUAAUUCAGUUGUUAAAUGAAGUCCUGAAAAUAAUGAAAUAUGAACGUUGUCAGACWGACCAAGCAAGAUUGACAAUAGACCUUCACUACCUUGAAAAAGAGACCAAAUUGCAGAGGGAAAGAUUAUCAGAUCUGAAGCAUAUGAGGUCUAAARUAAAAGAAGAUCUCACAACUAUAAGACAUUCUAUUAUUAGAAAGCAAGGAGAGUGGUGUAAAAAAUGGGAAGAGUUUCUUGGUUUGUCUCCUUUCAAUCUAAUUAAAGAUUGGACUCCAGCUGUGGAUCUUUUACCACCUAUGUCUCCGCUUUCRUUUGAUCCUGUGUCAGAGGAAGUAUAUGCAAGGAGUAUUCUUUUUCAGUAUCCUGCUUCACUACCAGAUAUACCUAAGCAACAUAAUGAAGAAAAGGAUUGCAAAGCAGACAUUGAUACCUUGAUAGCUGUGUGUGAUCUAGCCAAUAGUUCUGCCUCUUUCCUGUUACAGCCAGCUUCAUCUUCAGAUAGAAACAAUGUUACACUACUUGAAAAGAUGAGAACUCCCAAAGAAAAAAAUGAAACACCAUCUAAGAAAACACCAGAAUUUAAAGUGGAAGAUUCUUCAUUAUCAGAUAUUGCGAAGAAUACAGAGACUAGAGCAUUUGAAGGGUCUCUGGCUCACCCAAAAAGUGAUCCUUUCCAAAAAGAGCAAGAUCAUCUGGUAGAAGAGGUUGCCCAAGCGGUUUUAUCUGAUUCRCCACAGCUCUCUGAAGGAAAAGAAGUAAAACUAGAGGAACUAAUCGACUCUCUAGUUUCUAACCCCUUCUUAACAAGGAAACAAAUUCCUCGAACUCCAGAAAACUUAAUAACUGAAAUUAGGAGCUCAUGGAGAAAAGCAAUUGAAGUGGAAGACAGUAGAAGUACAGAACCGAUUCAAGUGGAUACUGAACAUAGAGAAGUAUUGUCAGGAUCCCUACCUGUGUUGCAUAAUCAAGAAGAAUUCAGCAUGGCCAGUUUAUUCUCAGAUUUUGAUCAAUCUCAUUUGGCUGAAGAGAAAGUUGUUUCAGGUUGCAUUAAGGGUAUGCCUGAGAAAUAUGUGACAAGUCAUAAAACUGAAUCCCCAGUAGAAGAUCAGUCAGAUUUGUUAAAUAAGAAAAUAAUUUGUAAGCAAGAUUUAAAAUGUACACCUUUACCAACCAAGCUUUCAACAAUCAGCCAAAUAGAGAGAUUUUCCCCUACUGUGGGAAAUAGAAUAGGUGUGAUAGGUAAAAGUGGAGAAGAGUAUAUUAAAAUAUUGGAYUGCUCACAAGCUUCUUAUAAUGAACCUUCCAUGCAUAAGACUAUGUUAUGGAACUCUUUUCAGAUAGCAAGUGAAAUUAGUUCCAAGAGUCUUAAGGAUACAGAUUUUGGCAUAUUACAUGAAACUCUUCCAGAAGAGGUUGRUCACCUAAGUCUUAAUAGUUCUAGUAGUUCAGAGGCCAAUUUUAAACUGGAAUCAAAUAGUCCUGUGUACAAAGGCAUUUUUCCAGAUUAUGUGGGAGAAAGACAGACUAUUUCAGAAUCAGACUUCAAUUUACAGGCUAUUAGUAGUAGUUAUGAGGCUCURAAGAAAUCUCUUUCCAAGAAAAGGGAAGAAUCUUACCUCUUUAAUUCUGAAGCACUUGAAAUACACAAACCAGAAUCAAGCCCUUCACCUAAAAAUAUGCAAGCAAAUGAUAUGCUUAACUUUUUGGACACUGAUGAUUUGCUCAUUGAUUAUACAAAACCAUCUUUACGCACGUCCCUUGGUGAAAGAAAACAGUCUCUAUCACCACUAAUUAAGUUUUCUCCUGUGGAGCAAAAAUUGAAGAGCACAGUACCAUGUAGUCUUGGAGAACUUCUACCUAAUUUAAAAGAAGAAGAAAUCUUGAAUAAGAGCCUUGAUGUGAAAGAAUUUGACUUGACAAGAUGAAGCAGUAUCCAGAUAAUUGAACAAUGAUGUACUUAAUUGAA